AUUUUUGACAAGAAAUUUCAUUUCAAAAGUUGGAGUGUUGUCUCAUAAACCACAAAUGAAGGCGAAAUCAUCCAUAACCGUCGUUUAAGUUUAACCAUUCAAUUCACUAGAUCAAUUGAUCCUAUUACAACUCCCUAUAACCAUGUCACAUAUGUCGAGAUUACAAGAAAUACUAAACUAUCCACCUUCAACGGCAGAAAUACCGACUGAUAAUGAAGAUUAUUACGAUGAUGAUGAUGAAGAUGAUGCUGAUGACAGUGAUUACUCUUCAAGUGAAGAAGAUGAAUAUCAAUUAUCAGCUCAAGAACAUUGGGAAGAAAGUAUAAAUCAAGUCAAACUCUUGGUUAAUCAAAUUAUGUUUCCUGUUAUUGGGAAAAUUUUAGGAAGGAGGUUUAGUCAUUUAAUUUGGAGACGAAUUGCAAAUUGGUGGUUUAUAUAAUAAAGAAAGGAUAGGGUAAGGUACGAUUUGUUUAUUGUUACA